UCCCAGUAGUCAACAGGAAGGCUGCAGGCCAGACAGAGUGGUCGCAGUCUGCAGGAGAGGAGGAACGACCAGGUUCCAGCUGCACACUCAGAACAAAGGAGCACAGUAAAGCCGAAGGAAUGAGUAAUAACCAGCAAGAAGUGAAGAAAGUCCAGACGAUAUAUCUACAAAACUUGGAAAGACUUAACAAAGGACAAAGGUCUGAUAAAAAGGGCUGGAACUCCAAAGAAGAUUUUGCUAUUCAAGCAACAAUGGAAAAGAUCCGACCUUCUCCCAUAGCAGGACAAGUUGCCAAAAGUUCAGCUAACAGAAUCAGUAGAGAUCUGACUUGCUCCAUAUGCUUAGAUCUUUUCAAACAACCUGUUUCCCUGCCAUGUGAUCACACUUUCUGUCAGGGCUGCAUUGAUGGGUACUGGACAGGGCCACGGGGCUCUGGACAGGGGGGCACAGGCUCCUGUCCUCAAUGCAGGAAGAUGUACUCAGGGAAGAGCUACCGACCCAACCGCAUCGUGGCCAACAUUGUGGAGAGUUACUGUCAUGGAUUGGAGGAGAGCAGGAGUGAAGGAUGCCUGACCGAUGGAGGAUGCGCAGAAAGGGCUCCUGCUCCUGCUCCAGCCCCACGCUGCAUAAGACACAGGGAGGAAUUGAAGCUUUACUGCGAGGAAGACCAGGAGCUGGUGUGUUUGGUGUGUGGCUUGUCUCAGGAACACAGAAAUCACACUAUGAUAUGUGUUCAGGAGGCUGAGCAGAAAUACAGGGGAUUUCUUAACAGCUCAAUGGAUUCCUUAAAAGCUGAGCUGAACACAGCGCUGCAGUGUGACAAGGAGGCUGAGGAAGAAGUCAAAAAGCUCAAGGAGCACACUGCCGAUCUGAAGCAGCGCAUUGAGGCACAGUUCAGUGACCUCCACCAGUUCCUGUACCAGGAGGAAAAGCUGCUACAGGUAAAGCUGAAGACGGAGGAGCGCAGGGAGCUGAUCCGCCUGGAUGAGCACAAGGCGCUGCUGUGUGUGGAGAUCUCCCGUCUGCAGAGGGCCGUCCAUGAGAUAGAGGACAAACUCAAAGAGCAGGACGCUUACACUCUGCUCCGUAGCAUCAAAGCCCUGCUCCAGAGACCUUCUGUCAAGUUUGAGAAACCAACCUUGACUCCACCGAGUUUAUGUGAGGGCCGCUUUGCGGGGCCUCUGCAGUACAGAGUUUGGAAAUCUAUGAAGGGCAGCCUUUACCCAGUUCCAGCAGCUAUUACGUUUAACUCCAGUACUGCCAACCCGUGGCUCAGCCUGAGUUCCUCCCUCACCUGUGUCCGAUACCAGACGUUCAACUAUACUGUGAAGGACAACCCCAACAGGUUCAACGCCGCUCUGUCUCUGCUCGCAAGUCAGGGCUUCACUCACGGGCGCCACUACUGGGAGAUUGAGGUCUACAGCAGCACCGUGUGGACGGUGGGGGUAGCCCGGGAGUCGGUUCCCAGAAAAGGAGUCAUCAAGGCACUCCCAGCUAACGGAUUCUGGACUCUCACUCUCUCAUAUGGUGUUAGGUACAUGGCCGGCACAUCCCCUCCGACUGUCCUCUCCCUGGAAGAGCCACUGGCCCGGAUUGGCGUCUACCUGGAUUACAAGCGGGGCCUGGUGUCCUUUUACAAUGCAGAGAGCAUGACCCAUCUCUACACGUUCAGAGAGACCUUCACUGAGACUCUGUACCCGUACUUUAACCUCGGCUUUCUGGAUAAAGUCCAUGAAAAUGAGCCUCUCAAAGUUUUCUUACCAAAGAUCUAAACACAGAAGAGUAAGCAAGCAAGCAGGUCUAAAGUUAAACAUAAGAAAAAUGGUUUCUAAGGGUUUACAACAAUGUGCAAAGUCAUGAGCCAAAGCUUGUUUAUUCAUAUUUGUUUCCAGGAAGACUGACUUUCUUGAAAACCUUUAAAGUGCUGCUCACAUUCUUUUGGCUUUUCUCAAUUAUUUCGUUAAACUUAAGAAAUGCCAUUAAAAACAACAGUUUAUAGUAAUUCAGCAUCAGUAACAUGUAAAGUUGUUGAUCGACUAAAAGGUGAUGCACAGCUGAGUAUGAGUCAAGAUUUUUUUUUCCAGAUUUAAGAAACUUUGUAUUGAUUAAUGGUUGCUAAUUAAGCAAAUAUGGAUCAAUCAUCAAUUGUCUUAUUUGUACAUAAAAUAAAAAAAUAGAUAGCCAAAGCCUAAACGAAAAGAUCUCCAGAAUUCUAACAAACUAAUGAUCAAAGACAAGUGUAAUAAGCAGGUUUGGCUCCUUAGAACA